UUUUUAAAAAUUCAAAAAAGUUAUUCAGUUAUGUAUAAUCUCGCUCAACGCGCAAAUGCGAUAUUCGCAUUUGCAAUGACAGUACAUUUUGGCCUUUUGUUGGCGAUAGCGAUAAGUUCACUUUAUAUAGCUUCUAAUCCUAUAGGAAAAGUUGAUGUUAAGGAACUUAACAUAUGGUUAUAUAACUAUGAUAAUAAAGAAACCGAGUUCGCAUUCAUAGAAAUGAAUAUUGAUGCCGACUUAACUUCACUCUUCAAUUGGAACACCAAACAAUUAUUUGUUGCUGUCGUCGCCGAAUAUGAGACUAAAUCACAUGAAUUGAAUCAAGUAGUUUUAUGGGAUUCAAUUAUUCAGUCAAAAGAAGACGCCCAUAUUAAAGAAGAUAAAGUGAGAAAUGAAAAUGAAUUUGUAGACAUCACACCUAAAUUUGGUGAAGUAAAAGCAAAUUAUUCAAUAUAUUGGGAUUUGAUGCCUUACGUUGGAUAUUUAAUGAGCGGAAAAAUCGAACCAAAUCAAAGCUUCUCAUUUCCUGCUCCUAAUUAUUAUAAUUAAUAAUUUAUUAUUAAAUUUACAAUAAUAUUUUUUCUUAAAUGUUUUUCUUUUAAAAAAAAAAGAUAUAUAAUAAAUUUUAAUAAUAAAAUUUAACUUUUUCCUUUAUUUUCUGAGGAG